AUGCCAGGUAAGAAAGAGCUUGUUUUCCUGGAUGAGAAGGACUACCUGCGGCUCUUCCGCUUAGAGCUGGAGGAACAUGCUAAGAGGGCGUUGUUCCGCAGGACGAGGCGCUUCUUGCCUUUUGAAGACUGUGUGAAGUGGGUCCGUGCCAUGGGCUAUUGGGACAGCCAGCAAGAGUGGGAAGAGUGGAUUGCGCUGGGCGAGAAGCGGAACCCAUACAUUCCAACCCGCCCGGAUGAAUACUAUGGAAAGCUCGGGCAGUGGAAAGGCUGGAGCUACUUCUUGGGAUCGAAAGAAGGCGUGGAUGAAUGUGAAGAUUGCCCGACAACCCAGCAGGGAGCCCCUUCUUUGGGAUUGACUCAUUGA